AUGACGUUCUUAAAAGAUGAUGUAAUACCAGAACCAACAAGAGGGAAUUUAGACAGUGAUAAUGACGAUGAAGGUGAUAACAAUAACGUAUCUGAAGACAUGGAUCGCAUGACUGAAAUAUCACAGGAUAGCGCCACUACAACGUCAUCUUCAUCCAGGCGUAAAAAUAAAUCAGCGGCGGAAGUGAGAGACGAGUUUCUUGAAUUGGAAAAUAAAAAAAUUAAAUUGUUGGAAACGAAAUAUGCUGAUAAAAAAACUACUGACGACUUAGAAAAAGAUGAUGAUUACCACUUUUUUAUGAGUCUUAUUCCUCAAAUGAAAAGCUACACUAAUAUUCAAAAGUUACGAAUACGCAAUAAAAUAACGUCAAUAAUUUUAGAUGAAGCAGAAAUGCAUACGUAUAUUCCUAGUCACUCACGCAAUUUGACUACCACUACUCUACCGAGAGAUUUGACUCCUGCUAAUACUUAUGGUUACCAUACUAAUGAUUUUGACGUUAAUUAUAACUAA